UAUCAAUAGUUUAAUAGCAUUUCUUCGUAAUAUUAUUAUUACUUAAAACUGGAUAUAAUUAUCUUUAGCAUGAUAAAGAGGAAGAGAGAGAGAGAGAGUAAAUUAUAUAAAAUAUUGUUUAAUUUGAAUGUGUGUACUGGUAAAGGAUAUCAUGUGGAGAAAAAACAAAGAAGUGAAAUAAUUUUUAUUUUGUUAAUGUAUAUAAAUGCAAAAAUAAUGUGAUACGUAAUAUAUACGUAGUAGUAAAACAUUUAAUCUAUUUUGUGAAGAACUUUUUAGUGUCUUCAUCAUGUCUUUAGCCAGAUAAGAUGGCAUGUUCGAAAAACGCUUCUUUCAUUUCCCUUAUCAAAUUUUAGAUGCAGCCACUUAUGCAAAUAUGUGCAAAAGUAGCCUUCCUAGCAUUUUUUCCCUAUUCUCUCUUCACGUUGUCAUCUUGUACUUUGUGACUUAAGCUGAUGCUGUACUGUAGUGCAUAUAAGAGUUUGAAGAGAACCUUGCAUGAUAUGUUUCAAGUGUUUACCAGUACAUUUACGCAUAUAUUAUCCGCUCUUCUAUUAGAAAUGCAGCUAGCUUUUACUUGCAUUCCAAUUUCUGCAAAAACGAGAAGAAGAAGAGAAGAAGAAAUAACGAAUUCCGGACACGGAAAUCAAUUAGUUACAUCCGAUUCAAUUAUGCAGUAACUAAAUGAUCUGAUUAGGAGGAGGAGAUUGGGCAGUAAAUCUGUAAUAUUAAGAUAAAGAUGAAUUUGUGACUCGGUUCGUGGUGUUAAGACAUGGAUGUACGAAGUGGAGUAAUCCACAUUUAAAUAACUACAAAGAAGCCAUACAUCCAUACUAUCUGGAAUAUAUAAUUAUUCGCCAUGGCUGUAUAUAUGAUUGAUAUUUACUGAAGAUGAUAAUUUUUUUAUGUGCCAUAAAUAUUUUUCGGGCGCUUCGCACGACCAUUACAACCCUGCAUUCUAAACUGAACCCAUUAGGGGUUCUUGGCCUGCAGAUGAGCGUAAAGCACAAAAGCUUAUCGACUCGGAGAGCGGAGAGUUGUCACGUAUAUUGGUUACAAGAGUGUCAUUUUUUAAAAUGUCGGUAGAUAUAUAUAAAUUGGAAUCACAAUGUGGGAAAAAUCUGUCAAAUCUUUCUUCGAAGGAUAUGAAAAUCAUGGACAUUUAUCAUUAUCUCAUCAAUGAAAUUUCGGAUUCCAGAGUUUCUAAUUGGCUAUUCAUGUCAAAUCCAUUUGGUAUAACACUAAUUUCACUCGUUUAUUUAUCUUUUGUACUUUACUUUGGACCACGUUAUAUGAAAAACAGAAAAUCUUACGCGCUUACAAAGACUAUGAUUUGUUACAAUAUUUCUGUCGCAACUGCAAAUCUUGUUAUAUUUUAUGGUAUACUUACAUCGGGUUAUACCACCCAUCUUUCCAUGGGAUGUGAGCCUUUUGUAAUUUCAAAUGAUCCUAUGUCGCUUAGCAUGGCUCGAUGGGUAUGGUGGAUUUUAAUUCUAAAAAUCACCGAGCUUGCAGAUACUGUGAUUUUUAUCCUCAGGAAAAAAUAUAAUCAAACGUCAUUUCUUCACGUGUAUCAUCACACAAUAACUCUCUUUUUGGCGUGGAUCUCUUGUAAAUAUGCACCUGGUGGCAUGUGGACCUUUAUAAUGUUGCCCAAUUGUGCAGUGCACGUAAUCAUGUACGUUUAUUAUUUCUGUACUUGUUUGGGGCCCAAAAUGCAGAAGACAGUCACUCCUUGGAAGAAAUAUUUAACAUGUUUGCAAUUGAUCCAAUUUGCUAUCAUGAUGGCUCAUACAUUCCAAGCGCUUCUACCAUCUUGCGAGCCAGCGCGGAAACCAUUAGCAUACAUUUACAUGUCUCAAAUUGCCAUCAUGUUUUAUAUGUUCUUAGACUAUUAUAGAAAGUCGUACGUGAGAAAAAAAAUUGAGUAAACGAGUAAUAUCUUAUGAUGAUGUUCUAGUUAGCCAAAAAGUAUGUACAUCGAUUCAAUAUGUUUGCAUGGAAUUUAAAUGAACAUUAUAUUGCGUAAAUGAAUAAAGCCACUCUUUUAAAUACUCUUUUAAUUUACAAUCAGUUUGGUAAGGAUAUAGAAACGCGAAUUCUCGAUUAUUUAUAAUAAUGACAAAUUCAAGUAUUUAUAAUAAUGACAAAUUCAGACAAAUUAUAUGAGAAUUUGCUCAGGAGUUACGUAAAUUGUUAUCAAUUAAAAGACAAAACUUUGUUAUUUAUAGUAUAUUUGUUUAUUAUAUUUAUCAGAAUGUUAUUCACAUUAUAAUUUUUCAUUGCGCUACACGCAUAUCUGAUCUAAUCAGCAUUAUU